AUGGCUGCGCGGGUCUUACGGAAACGUGGAGCCACAGGCUCUAAGGAUGUCCCAGAAAAGAAGCAGAAGACAAGUACCCAAAAGCAGAUAAAAGAGGAGUCUCCUGACGAACUUCCACAUAAUCUUGGACCUGUUCGCCCACGUCAAAAGAAUGCUGGGAAGAUCCCGACCCCACCAAAGGAUUUGACAGAAUCAGCCGAGAAAGUUAAGGAAGAGGAGGCUUCUCCUGAAAACCAACCACAGACCGAAGUUCUGAAUCCACAGGCACCUGAAGAGACAAAGUCAACGACUCGGAGGUUAUUGCGACCACGGCAAGCUGCCGCUAAAUCUUCGUAUCUCGAGUCAGAUGAGGGGAACGGCGCGGAAGUCAUAGCAAAGAUUUCAGGCAAGUCUUCAUCGAUUAAGCAGGAGGCCAAAGAUGAGGACGAAGACGUCAAUGAGGCGAUGGAAACGCCAGUCCGAAAGACGGCCAAGAAGACGAAGGAGAACCCAUAUGGUCUGACCCCUGGUAUCACACCUUUCGCCGAAUGGAAAGCUCCAUCGGCCGGAGAUUGUGAAGAAGUCUAUCGCCGACUGGCCAAAAUCCACGGAGAAGCCCAAGCCCCCGAAAAGAUACCCGCACCGUCUCUUGAAGUCUCAGGCUGCGGGGAGGUUCCGUCUGUCCUAGAUGCGUUGAUCAGAACUCGUCUGAGCGCAAACACGUCCAACCGCAACUCAAGCGCAGCAUUUCGGGGACUGGUGAGCACAUUUGGAACUGUCGAUAAAGGGAUUGGCAAAGGCAGUGUGGAUUGGAACAAAGUCAGAAUUUCUCCUCUACCUACUAUUGUCGAGUCUAUCAAAACCGGUGGCCUGGCUCAGGUAAAAGGCAAAGAUAUCAAAGCAAUCCUGGAGUUGGUCUAUGAAGAGAACACGAAGCGACGAGAGGCAUUCUUAGAAGAGAAGAAGGGAGGCAAAUCAUCGGGGAUGUCUGGGGCAGAUGGAAAAACACAAGGUCAAAAGGACCUAGAGAUCCUGAAGACAGAUCAGGAGAUUCUCUCAUUAGACCAUAUACAUGGGAUGGCCCCGGACGAAGCGAUGCAGACCCUCACCAAGUUUCCUGGGAUUGGUGUUAAAACAGCGUCCUGUGUUAUUCUCUUUUGUUUACAGCAGCCCAGCUUCGCAGUUGAUACACAUGUACACCGCAUCAGUGGAUGGUUGAAAUGGAUACCACCCAAAGCCACACGAGAUCAAACGUUCAGCCAUUUGGAAGUUCGUAUACCUGACCACCUGAAGUAUGGGCUCCAUAAACUGUUUGUUCAGCAUGGGCGAAGUUGCAUCCGCUGCAGAGCAAACACGAGCGAGGGAAGUGAGGAGUGGAAAAAAUCAGAGUGUCCUCUUGAUGGGCUUAUGGAGAGAACAGGUAAACGGCAGUAUGGAGGUAAAGGAGGGUCAAAGAAAGCUUUGAAGGAAGAGGACAGUGAUUAA